AUGCCUUUCUACCUUCGGAAACUGCCCCUGGAGAUCCCUCUGCCCACAGAAAAGGAGUGGAUUAAAAAAGAUGAAGAAGAGGCUUUUUUCCUGAAAGAUCCAGCCCAAAUAGUCGAUUAUUUGCCUCAGCCUUUCCGGAUGAUCAACAAACUUGUGACUGUCUUGUUCGAACGGGCCUGGGAGAUUAUCGAGGGGAGGGAGCACCGCCAUGUGAUGAAGAAACAGCAUCCUCCACCCACUCGGUGCCGACCUUUGGCUGAGUUCCAGAGGGAUCCAAUGCUUAUCAUUGUGCAUAGCCAGAGGACAUCAGCAAGUAGCAUUUUUUGGGGAGGGGGUCAGGCCAGUUUGUUGAAAUUGCUGAGCCGGUCAUCGUUUUGUCUCAAUUUUUUCAUCUUCCAGCUGGUGGGGAGGGCAAACUGCCUGGCAGCCUCCCGAGAAUACAUCUUCAUCGGACUCCCUACCGGACUUUUUGUCUUCAGCAUCGCCACCCAUGAGAAGCUCUGUGCUUGGGAGAUGGCCAAGCUUGAAAUUUGUACCCUCCACCUCUCGGAUAUUGACGGUAACUCCCAAGUCCUUGGCACAGUGGAUGAGAUGGGUGUCGCCCAUCUCUUUUAUUUUUACAAGGAGAACCUCCUGCAUGUAAAAGCCAUAAAUGAAGCGGAGGACAUCAGCAAGAGAAACACGUGUGGCGGACUGGAGCUUUCUCCCAGGGGUGAUUACGCCGGUUUCCUAUUGCAAGGCAACUUGGAGGCAUGGCUGGAGAUCUACCGGUUGCCCAAGGAUUCCUGGCAGAAGGAGAUAGAACAUGUACAAACAGUUGCCCUCUUAACUCCGGUUCCCGGUUCAACUCCGGCAUCUAGCAGGGACCGGAGAGUCAGCAUAUUUACCCCGAUGGCGGACGACAGGAGGGACUCUGACUCAGAUCUUCUAUUCGAGGAGGAUCAUGACCUGGCCCUCCUCGCUUCGACAGGGCGACGGCGCAAAGAUAUUGCCGGCGGACGGAACGGCGGUUCCACCGCACGCGGCUCCAAGGGCCUGGUGGCUGCAAAGAAGGCGCGCUCGGACGAGCUACCUCAAAAUGGCGCAUAUGGUGGCAAAGAUAUGCAACAGCUUCUAAACCGAGACUGUAAGCUGAGUCCUCCUGCUCUGGUGAUGAAAGUCAGAUCUCCCAAGCCUCCUGCAGGCAGCCCAUUUAAGAAUCUUUACGACGCUUUAAUGAAGAUUGAUGACGGCGCCACGGUGGGCCUGGGACAGAACCACGUGAUCAAGGACUGCCAGUGGGAACGGCUGGAAGCGAUGUUCAACAGGUCUUUACAGCAGUAUCUGGAGGCAAAGAAUGAGCUUGAGAUCAAGGAGGAGAAACUCAGCCUAGCCAUGUUCCAUUUUCACGGUCCAGGCCGCACCUUGCCCAGCGGAACGGAAAACAAAACCGAGCCAGACAUUCCCGUGGCACUCAGCGUUCACUGGAGCACAAGCCACAAUCUCUGCUUCUAUCUGCUGAGUCGUCCGCCAAAGGAGAAAGUGGACGCUGAUCCGAAACCUGACAUCGUUUGGCCGUGCGCUGCUCCAAUUGUGUUGUCCACCGUUACCCCAUGCUCUUCUCACCUGGCGUUUGUUUGUGAAGAUUGGGCCAUUACUGUUUGGGACAAAUCUCUAGGGGUCUCCUUGUUUGUGACCAGGCUUCCGGCUCGGUACGUGAUCCGCAGCAUCCAGUUCAUGCCGCGCUCCCGGCUGCCCGGCAACAAGACCACACCUGCCAAAGUGCGGCUUCUGGUGUUGUGUACAGAUGGGUCUCUCCACCUGAUAACCUCGAGGGCCAAGAAGUUCAGCACCAAGAUUCUGGUAUACACGCCAGAGGAUCCAAGUCAGGCUAUCAGCACCAUAGCAACUAUUCCAUCCUUAACCAAUGCGGUGCUGACGUUCUCUUGGGGCGGCACCGUCAGGCUGACAGAUACCGCAACAGAAGCGACAGUCUGCCACUUCAUCCUCCCACCUCCUUACAAAGUGACAGCACCCUGGCACCCCGCUUUUACCGUGAAUACUGGCGGCCAACACCUGAUCCUCCUAGGAUAUGAGCAACCUGGAAGCACUAAAGCAGAGAGCGGAAGUGACCGAUGCACCAUCUUCCUGUUUGACAUCACAUCCUGCCCGGAGACUUCCUCGCAGGAAGAUGAGCGUCCGCCUGACUCUUUGGAGCACCUGCCCUGGGACAAGCGAUGCGAUUCGUUCCUGAGCAACAGCCUACAGCAGCCGUCAGCCACCAGCCAGCAGAUGUCCGAAAGCUGGACCCAGCUGCAGAAGUACGCAACCACCUUGCAAGAGAAGGACCAGGAGAAGUGA